UCUUUUGUUUCUCCUACUUCUUAAGUCUUGCUCAAAAAGCUUAUCUCAAUUCAUGCUCAUUUGUCUUGUUGAUGUCUUUGCUUAAGGGUCCCUUAGGAGCAAGAUUUGAGACACAAAUGAUCACAGAACGAUACAAAGAUGAGACGCUCAAACUGAUCUCAGGAGACGAGCUUGAGCCACAUUUGAGCAACAGAUUUUUCCUAUGGGUGUGAACAACUAUUAGCACGCUAAUAUGCUCUGCUCUCCUUUUCUUCACAGGUCUCUCCACCGCGAGCAUUGCUCCUCACGUGCACACGCUCAAGCACGUUUACCCACGCCCCUUUCAGCAUCGCAACAAGCUAAGAUGCACAAGUUGGCGCACACACACUCAUCUCACAACAUUUGACAUGCUUAGACAGGCUGCAGCAGGCCGGACCUGAGCUGCAGGUUCAAAUGUUCAUCAGCCGCGGAAGUAAACACAGAAACGUGUAUCGCUGAGAACUGUAUCGCUGCUCUUCGAGUUUAUCGCGGUUAUCGCCCGUGUUUUGGUUCGGUUCCCGGUGUCAGCAGCAUGUCUGUGACGGUGAAGGCUUGCCUUCUAGGGAGGUACGAGCAGGUGAAGGAGAUCCGCCGGUUCCCAGUGGACCAGCACGUGUACCGGAGCUUUGACAACCUGAGAAGGAAGACCGCGGCGGUCUUCUCCAACCUGAAGAACUCCUCCUUCAGCCUCUUCUACAAAGAUGAAGAUGGAGAUCUGGUGGCCUUCUCCUCUGAUGAUGAGCUGAUGAUGGGUCUGGGGUACAUGAGGGACUCCACCUUCCGCCUCUUCAUCAAAGAGAAGAAGGAGCACCGCCGUGACUUUGCUUUGCAUGCUCUGCUGCCAUAUAUAUUUGGACAUGUACCACCACAUGGCCCCCGUUAUCUUCAGCCUCAGGUUCCAUCACGUGCCCCCUAUCAUUCCUCCUUUGAUGCCCCCACUAUUGGCCCCCCUCAUAUUACUUCUAAUACAUCCAUUGAUGGUAUGACACCCAUCCCACACGUUGGCAUCAAAUGUGACUCCUGCAAAGGAAAGAUCAUAGGAGAGUGCUAUAAAUGCUCCGAGUGUACAGACGUCAACCUGUGCUCCACCUGCAAGGAUGAAGGGAAGCACUCCCACAACGUUCUCAGUCACCCACAGCCUCCGGACCCCAUACGCUCCACAUCUGAAUCUCCAGGAUCUAAUGACCCCCUCGAUGCUCUGACCCCCAACCUGCACGAUGGCAUCAAAUGUGACGGCUGCCAAGGACAGAUCAUUGGAAUGCGCUAUAAAUGCUCUGACUGUAAAGAUUUUGACCUGUGCUCCACCUGCAACGAUGAAGGGAAGCACAACCACCACACUCUGCUGCCCAUCAGUAAACCUCUGAGUUUACUGGGGUUCACCGAUGAGGAGGGCUGGCUCACCUGACUCCUCCAGCCCAAAAACGUUGACAUCGGAGCGGUUCUGGUCACCAAGCAGCCCAGCCCACCACAGUGAUGACACCAGCUGCUUCAUUUAACCUCACUUUCUACCUACUCAACUGUUAAACAACUCCUUGAUGUGUUUCUGAAGAAUAAAAACAUGGAUGAAUCUGAGUGGGCGGAGUCUGAACACACCUGUGCUACCAUGUGAGAGUCCUUAUGAAACAAUGACUUUGUUAGGAACUCCACUAAACAUAAAAUGGGUUUGCAUCAGGUACUUUUAAUUAAUCCAAAAUGUAAAAAAACAACUAAAACCUUAACCGAUGAAAUUCCUGUAUUUUCAGUUUAUAACAUAUAUUUGUGACAUUUUUCUUU